AUGGUUGGCGAUUAUAAGUCGAAGGCCAUUGCGGCGCCUUCGCUGUCCAAGGUUGCGACAAUUGCGCUUCUUGUGACAGCUGUACAAGCCCACGACCACGAUGCAAGCCAUAUUCCCGAAGGCGAAACAGUCUCUUUGGAGCCCUUGAUGUUAGCGUACGGCGUUAUCUUCCCUGUCGGUAUGGUUUUGGGUAUGACCAAGAAUCGAUGGCACGUUCCAACCCAAGCCGUUGGCACCAUUCUCGCUAUUCUUGGCUUCUUCCUUGGUCAUGCGCAUAAAGGCCGCGAAUUCAUUCCGAAUCAUGUUCAUGGCAAAUUUGCGCACAUUCUUCAGCUUCUCCUCGCCGCGCAGGUUGUCCUCGGACUAUACCUCAAAGGACAUUGGGAGAAAGGCAUCAAUGGCAGAAUUCGAAAGCUGAUCCGUCCGUGCCAUUCUUUUAUUGGCAAGCUCAUGCCAGUCCUGUCAUGGACGCAGAUGAUCUUUGGUGGAAUCACAGCUCUUGGCUUUUGCCAGGGAGAUCAUACAGGACAAUGCGCCGCUCACUUCAUUAUGGGGGGUGCUUUCAUCGCUUACGGAAUUCUUCUCACUAUCAUCCUUGUUGUUGGCCAGCUCUGGAUCCGACGACAUGGUCGCUCGCAGGAGUUCUACGAUAGCGUUGCGAUCGCUGCAUGGGGCUGCGUCAACACAUUUACCGAGCAUCGCUGGGGAACCGACUGGGUUAAGAACGAUUGGCAACAUACGACAAUGGGGAUCAUCUGGUGGUGUGCUGGUUUGGCUGGUAUCUGGCUAAGCAAAGACCGCGACGGAAACCCCAAGCGCAACUUCAUCCCCGGCUUCGUCAUUUUCAUUACAGGCUGGGCCAUGUCUGCUCAUCCCCAAGAGUUGAUGGUCAGUGCAGCUACGCACACGAUGUUUGGAUACACUCUCAUGGUCGUUGGCAUUACUCGUAUCAUUGAGAUUGCUUUUGUGCUCAGGGACGCUCACUCUAUCUCUGAAGAUGGUAGAACUGCCAACAGCUUCCAAUUUGUCCCAGUUUUUUUCAUGUAUGCCGCUGGCUUCCUUUUCAUGGGUGCUACAGAGGAGCAAAUGAAUCUUGUAGCUGGCUCCGCUAUGGACCAUGUUUCGUAUAUCCUUAUUACCUACUCACUCGCCUCGAUCAUGUUCCUCUUUGUCAACAUGCUCAUUGGUCUCUGGGACCGUCUUGCUCAUCCUGUAUUGGAUACUAAGGAGCUCGGUAACAACCACUACGCCAACGGACUCGCGGUGGAAGACGGUCAACUGCGGGAUGCCCAAGAAUUCGAGUUGGAUGGAUUAAUGAGCGACGACGACGACGAUCCUAGUCGAAGAAUGCUCGGUGCCAAUAGCGAGGAUAGCGCAGCUACUGUUGGACGAAACCAACAAACUCGUGCCUAG